GGCCCUGGAUCAGGAAAAGGAACACAAUGUGAUAAGAUAGUUGCCAAGUACGGACUCUCGCAUCUGUCAUCUGGUGAUCUUCUAAGAGAAGAGGUAAAAUCUGGUUCUCCUAGAGGAGAAAAAUUGUCUAGAGUUAUGGAAGCCGGAGAACUCGUCCCGCUGGAAAUCGUACUGGAUUUGCUAAAAGAAGCUAUGGUCAAUGAGGUCAGCAAAGGUAGUAAAGGGUUCCUGAUUGAUGGCUACCCUCGUGAAGUUAAGCAAGGCAGAGAAUUUGAAACUGAGAUAAAAGAAGCGAAAGCUGUCAUUUUCUUUGAUGCUUCUGAUGAUACGCUCAUUCAGAGACUUAUGAAACGUGGAAAAACGAGUGGGCGAGCUGACGACAAUUUAGAAACUAUAAAGAAUCGUCUGAAAACCUUUAUAAACGCGACAGCGCCAGUUGUAAAUUACUACGAAAAGAAAAAGAAGCUAAUUAAGCGCCUAGUUUUGGGGGCAUUGACAAAAGGUUUACAAAGAAAAGAAAUUGAUUUGGCUCCUUUAAAAGCUGCCAAUGUUCCAAUUUUCUUCAUUAUUGGUGGCCCUGGAUCCGGAAAAGGGACACAAUGUGAGAAAAUCGUUGCCAAAUAUGGUUUAUCCCAUUUGUCCUCAGGAGAUUUGCUCAGGGAUGAGGUAAAAUCCGGCUCCUCUCGAGGUACAGAACUCAACAAGAUCAUGGAAGCCGGACAACUUGUUCCCAUGGAAAUAGUUCUCGAUCUUCUAAAAGAAGGCAUCCUAAAAGCAGUUAAUGCUGGAACUAAAGGAUUUCUUAUUGACGGUUACCCUAGAGAGGUCAAGCAGGGAGAGCAGUUUGAAAAGGAGAUACAAGAGGCAAAAGCAGUGAUAUUUUUCGACGUUUCUGAUGAUAUACUGAUACAGCGCUUACUAAAUCGCGCUAAGACUAGAGAGGUCAAGCAGGGAGAGCAGUUUGAAAAGGAGAUACAAGAAGCAAAAGCAGUGAUAUUUUUCGACGUUUCCGAUGAUAUACUGAUAGAGCGCUUGCUAAAUCGCGCUAAGACUAGUGGUCGUGUUGAUGACAAUAUUGAGACUAUCAAAAAACGCCUGAACACAUUUAAAACUGCAACAAAACCAGUAGUUGACUAUUAUGAAAAGAAAAAGAAGCUGAUGAGGAUUGCAGCCAAAGGAACAAUAGAAGAGAUAUUUGCCGAAGUUGUGCAGUUUCUGGAUGCAGCUAUGGCCUAAGC